GAUGCUUUCCAGGGUAUGUCAAGUAUCAACUCAAUCACCUUGCAAUACAAUGAGAUAUCUACGAUAUACAAUGGCUCAUUUAAUGGUCUUUCAAGCCUUCAACAUUUGGAUUUGUAUUCCAACCAACUGUCUGAGAUUCCUUUGUUGGCUUUUCACGAUUUGGCAGAAGUAACAUAUCUCAAUCUACAAGAGAAUCCAAUAGCUAUUAUUCACAGCAACUCUUUUACUGGUCUCUCCAGUCUUACAAGUUUAUAUUUACAGUCUAACAGCUUAACUGAAAUUCCAGUGAAUGCAUUUCAGGGUAUGGCAAGUGUCAACUCAAUCAAUUUGCAAUCCAAUCAAAUAGCAGUGGUACACAGUGGCUCAUUUAAUGGUCUUACAAAUCUUCGAUAUUUAUAUUUACAGUCUAACAGCUUAACUGAAAUUCCAGUGAAUGCAUUUCAGGGUAUAGCAAGUGUCAACUCAAUCAAUUUGCAAUCCAAUCAAAUAGCAACAGUACACAGUGGCUCAUUUAAUGGUCUUACAAAUCUUCGAUAUUUUUACUUGGGCCACAACUCACUGAAUCGUUUUCCAGCUCUUCAGGCAGUUGCUGCAUCACUUCAGCUAUUGCAUUUGCAACACAAUUCUAUAUCAGACAUCAGCAAUACAUCAUUUCAUAUGUUUACCUCGUUGAGAAUUUUGGACCUCAGUGGCAACAGGUGUGGUUUGUUGUCAAAGGACAAUUUUGCAUCUCUUGAGUCACUGCGCGAGCUGUAUCUGUCUCAGAAUGACCUUCAAAGUCUACCAUCAUCCCUAAGCAAUUUAACACUCUUGGAGCUAUUUGAUGCAUCCAACAAUCUUCUGACUUCAUUAGGAAACAGCACAUUUGUUAAUCUUCAAAACUUGAAGAAUCUAGAUUUGCAGAGCAAUCGUCUCACGAAAAUUGAUUCAGCAUCGUUGUCGAAUGUAACAAAUCUGGAAAACCUCUAUUUGCAGUAUAAUCAUAUAUCUAACUUGGAUAGCAGGGCUCUGAAGGCAAGCACUCGUCUUUAUCAAGUUGAUUUGUACAACAACAGGCUUACUACCCUGGAGAAUGACACAUUCUCAGGAUUCUCUUCAUUACAUUAUCUGAAUUUGUACAACAAUUUAUUGAGUAAUCUACCUAAAGGUGUUUUUGCCAGUCUCUCAUCGUUACAUACUUUACGUUUGGAUUACAACAGGCUGACUGAACUACAAGAAAGGGUGUUUACUGGUCUUUCAGCAUUGCAAGAAUUAUAUCUGAAUGGGAACAAACUGGUAUCUCUUGCAACAUUUCUGUUUCAAGGUCUUGAAAACCUUCAACGCCUGGAUCUAACCAACAAUGAAUUAAAUGCGUUGCAAGAAGGUGUAUUUGCUGGACUGAAUCCUGGCAUUAUAUAUGUUUAUGGAAAUCCCUUUUAUUGCUCAUGCAAUAUGCUAUGGUUUUUUGAAUUUUUGCAGAGCCAUUCUCUUCGAGAUGAACAUUUGUAUUCAUGUUCCAAGACCAGUCAAUAUGUGGCAGUUCGCUUUUCAACUCUCAGCAGUGAAGACUUUAUUUGUGUCUUACCAGUGUUUACUAGUCAACCAAGUGAUGUUACAAUCAUUGAGAAGCGAUCAUUGGUGCUGCCUUGUUCUGCCAGUGGCUUCCCAACACCAACCAUCACAUGGUACAAAGAUGGAACUAUUGUGACACGACAUACACAAUUGACAUCUGGCGCUUUGUCUAUCUACUCGGUUGAGACAACUGAUGAAGGGAAAUAUGACUGUGUUGUUGUUAGCAUUACUGGAUAUGAGAUUCGAUCAUCAAUGAUACUCACUGUUCAAGUGCUUUGUAAUGACAACUGUGCAAUUCUUGAUGCUGUUUACCGUGACUUCGAAAUGGACGCUGUUGAUGCCCCAAGCUUCUCGUCUAUAGCUCCUCUUUCUGGUCUUUUGUUUGGUAUUGUGAGCUCACAUUUAUACACCGCACCAGUGCUGAACAAUCAGCGCAAGCCAAUAUACACUGAAUUUUUCAGCUGGUUUAGCAAUGCCAAUGACGAUGAUGAUGACAACAGAAGGCAAUAUAAUCACUUGCUGCGACUAGACAGACAAGGCACUACAUUGGUUUAUCAAAGUGACUCUUUUUUCCCAAUGGACACACAGGGUUUUAUCAACAGCACAUCUACCUUGAAGGAUUGUCAAGACACUCUUCACAACUUUGGAUUUACAUCUGUGUUUCGGACUGCGUUUCGUUACCGAGGAAAUGAAAAAAUAGUCGUAUAUGGCAAUGAUGAUAUUUGGGUCUUCGUGGACAAUGCUCUGGUCAUUGAUCUCGGAGGCACCCAUGAGUCAUUGUGCCAAGGAGUUACUUUGCCAGAUUCUGGCAACUCUACAGUAAGAAAUGGAGGCACUGAAAUCAACCCUCACAUCCCAGCUUGUGUAGGAAGUAUAACUGAAGGAUUAAAUUCAACUGUAGGGCUAAAUUCACUGUCUUUGUCAAGACAACUGGAAGUUGAUCGGUUUUAUCGAAUGGACAUAUUUCAUGCCCAACGUCAUUCUUGUAUUAAUCAUUGCCCCAGCUGUACAUCAUCGUUCCACGUUGCAACUACAAUUAAGGCACUUGAUUGUGUCAGCCAAGUUGUAGAGAUGGAGGCUAAAGAAAAUGCCAAUUUUACAGAACCAAUUGGUUUGGUUACUAUUAAGCCAUACAAUGUGAUAUUUGAAGGCAUUCUCAAUUUCACAUUCACCAUACUAGAGGAAAACAACGACGGAAAAUUUAUGCUGAACAAUGUUACAGGGGAAAUUACAGUUCUAACGGUACUGGACCGUGAGGAGGAUCCAGAUUAUUUGUUGGUUGUGAAUGUGGCAAGUGCUAAUAAUCAUGGCCUUUCUGCCAUCAUUGCUGUCAUGAUUAAUGUGGUUGAUGACAAUGACAAUUCUCCAGUUGUGAGUCUUAGUUCUGCUGAAGUUACAGUUGAUGAGUUGGCUUCAAGUGGAGUUCCUAUUGUUAACGUUUCUGCUGCAGACAAUGACAUUGGCAUCAACAGUCAGCUUAAUUUUUCAGUCGUUGCAGUAUCUGCAAGAAGAUUUGUGAAGGAAACUUACCAGGUUACUGUAACUGUUGGUGCAACAGACUUAGGCGUACCUCCACUGACUGGAACUGGGACCGUCGUUGUUAAGAAAGUAUGUGAGGGAAGCAGUUUCUUCAUUGAUUUUUCAGCCUUGCAGUUGAAGAUGGUUGCGGGUCCAUAUUACCUGGAUGAAGUGACUGGAGAAUGUCUUCCUUGCCCUGCUGGUUACUAUUGUAAUGGUGAUGGGCUACGGCACAAGUGUGGAUGUGCUCGAAACGACUCUGGUUGCAACAACAUACCAAGCGAAUAUUCUAACGGUCUUGCAUCGGAAUGCAGUGUGUGUCCCGAAGGCUGGAUUUGCAGUGACGGCCGUGCACAUCCAUGUCAAAGUGGCUACUAUGCAGAUCUGUGUGGCAUUGAGGAAUGUCAAGAAGCUUGUGUUCCCUGUCCUGUGGGCAGCAUAUGUUUAGGAGGAAAGAGAACUGAAUGCUGGGCAGGGACAUAUGAAGUAGAUAACGUUCGAUGUCAGUCAUGUCCAAAAGGGUUCUAUAGCAAUGGAACAAGUAAUACAAAAUGUGCAUGCUGUCCUGUUGGCUAUCGAAGUUCUCAUGGAAAAGAUGGCUGUCAACCUUGUGGAUACAACGAGUGGUCAAGUGGAGAUCCUGACAACGAAUGUGGAAUUUGUAGAACUUGCAGUUUGAGUGACAACUGCAUUUGUCGCAGCAGGCCGUGCUUUCCUGGUGUACAGUGCAUCAAUCUGGUUAGUCAGACUCCUUCGUUCUCAUGCUUGGAAUGUCCACCAGGAUAUCAAGGAAAUGGCACCGACUGCACUGAUGUUGAUGAGUGUGCUGAGUCAACUCCUUGUUCGGUGAUGACACAAUGCAUUAACACAUAUCCUGGCUACAUGUGUAGUGCUUGCCCACCGGGGUAUACUGGUCAUGUGCCACAUGGUGUUGGAGUAGAACAUGCAAUGCAUAUUAAGCAGGUGUGUGAUGAUAUUGAUGAGUGCGAGGUCAACGAUGGAGGUUGUGCAGCACGUUCUGUCUGCAUCAAUGAACCGGGUACUUUCAGUUGUAGUGCCUGUGAGCCAGGGUACAUUGGAAACGGAUACACAGGUUGCCUUCUGGGAGACUUCUGUGAACUGGGCAAGCAUAGUUGUGACCCAAAUGCUUUAUGUGUAACAACUGCUCUCGGAAAAUAUUUUUGUGAAUGUAUGCACGGCUUUACUGGUAAUGGUUACUACUGCGGUAAAGACACCGAUCUUGAUGGAUUUCCAGAUGAAAGAUUGUUUUGUAUAGACAGGUUGUGCUACAAGGAUAACUGUCCUGACAAGCCAAAUAGCGGUCAAGAGAAUGCUGAUAAUGAUGGGUUUGGAGAUGCCUGUGAUGAUGAUAUUGACAACGAUGGCUGGGUCAACUAUAAAGAUAACUGUCGCUAUGUGUAUAACACUGAUCAAGCUGAUUUUGAUGGAGAUGGUGUUGGUGAUGUUUGUGACAACUGUUGGAAUUACACGAAUUUGCUAAGAGCAGACAAUGGUAGUGAUACAAGAAAUCCAAUGCAACUAGACUCUGACAGAGAUGGUCUGGGUGAUAUGUGCGAACACGACAGAGAUGGAGAUGGUGUUAAUGAUGACAUCGACAACUGCAUCUUUGUCUACAACUCAAAUCAAACUGAUACUGAUCAAGAUGGCUUUGGCGACGUGUGUGACAAUUGUCCAACAGCAUCCAGCUCUAAUCAAGGAGAUUAUGAUCGAGACUUUGUUGGUGAUCGAUGUGAUAGCUCAUCAGACAGUGAUCAGGAUGGUGUUCAGGACAGUAUUGACAACUGCGUGUCUGAUCCCAAUAGUGAUCAGCUGGAUGUGGAUGGUGAUGGCACAGGUGAUGUGUGUGACUCAGAUAGAGAUAAUGAUGGGAUAGAUGAUGUAUUGGACAAUUGCCCUGUUGUUGCUAAUGCUAACCAGGAUGAUACAGAUGGUGACGGCAGGGGAGAUUCUUGUCAGAAUGACUUUGAUGGCGACGGCAUCGUCGACACAGAUGACAACUGCCCUAUCAAUCCUUUAAUAUUUCGCACCAAUUUCUCAUUGCAUUUCAACACGUCAAUCGAUGUCACUCCCCAAACAUUUGCAGAAUGGAUAAUAACCGACGAGGGAGCUGAAAUCACACAAAAGAAGUCGACGUCACCGGCGUUUCUAUUGAGUAGAUCAGGGUUUCAAGCUGUCGACUUCAGCGGCACAAUCUUUGUUGACACAGACUUCGAUACCGAUUUAAUUGGUGUCGUGUUUGGAUACCAGAACUUUGCACACUUUUACAUUGUGACAUGGAAAAACAAACAAGAGGAGUACUUUCAGGACAGCUGCUGGCGAGCAACAGCAAGAGGGUUUUCACUAAAGAAAGUUUACGGUUCACCACGAAGUGAGCAGUGCCUGAGAAAUGCCAUUUGGGAAUCAACAUCUUCGUUAAAUUGGUAUUAUAACUUUCGGACUGAAGUCUUGUUUACUAGCGGCAUGUCAUGGCAGCAUCGAACUGCUUACAAGUUUUUUGUCUCUCAUCGUCCUUCUGUUGGACUCAUUCGUGUUGUCAUAGAAGACGAGAAUGGGACAGUUGUGGACACGGGGCAGUUGUUUGACUCUAUGUUUGCCGGUGGACGGAUUGGUGUGUUCAGCUUCUCACAACAAGAUGUCAUUUGGUCAAACUUGAAGUAUACUUGUGCUGAAAGAAUCAAUCACGCUCUGGAAUUCGAUGGGAUUGACGACAGCGUAGAUCUUCCUGAAGCUUCCAGCCUUAGUCUAGACAGCAGCUUUACAGUUGAUGCAUGGAUUCGAGUGCCGAAGGACUGUUGUGACAGCAUUCGACCUGUCAUUUGUACUCGUGAGGGUGCACUCUGUUUGUAUAUCGAGAACAAUUUUGUUCAUGGUGUGUUGAGCAACAAAUACGUCCACAGUUCAGACCGUGUAGAGGGCGGAGAAUGGAAUCACGUCGGAUUACGAUUUGAAGCAAUAACUGCAGAGUUGUCUCUAAUACUAAACGGCACCGUCGUCGACACAGCAUACAACGUGCAGACAUAUCAAGGUACCGAACGAAUUUACUUAGCUCGAAAUCAUAAGCUCCAGUUCUUUCACGGAUAUAUAGAGGAGCUUCGGUUUUGGUCUCUGGCCCUACCAGAUAGUUAUAUUGCCAGAUACUACGUGUCUAGCUCACUGAGUGGAGCACAAACACAAGCACAACUUCGGGCACAUUUUGAUAUCAACACAGGAUCGGGACGCACACUGUAUGACCAAACUCAAAAUAAUCUUCACGGUUUUAUCUAUGGUGAUCCAAAGUGGGUUGCGAGCUCAUUAAAUUUCGCUUCUCUUGAAAACAAUCUAAAACGACGGAAGCGUGAUGUAGUAAAGCCGUCUGAAAAUGGCAACGGGAAAGAUGAACUGUAAGCGUCAACUGCUCAAAACAUCAAAUUGCACGUGCAAUAGUCCUUCAUCAAAACAAUGAUAUCUCUUUGCUUCACAUUUAAUUAAUACGUGUUUGUUAUUCCAGGAGUCUGGAUUUAGUUAGUUUCUACUUUAGAAUUUCUCUAAUGCCUUAAUAUUUGUUAAUGCAUUAUAUGAUUAUUGUAUUAUCAUCUCAGUAAUAGUG